AUUUCGAUUCAAACCCCCCUGAUCUCCAUCUUGAGGAGAACUCCACCUGUUUCCUUUAGGAGUUUACAGAACAAAAAUGGGAGAUAUAAGGCUGCCAAUGCACAUGUUUUUGUGGUGCCUGUCUUUUAUUUAUAUGUUUGCCUUCGCUUCUCUUCCUGUGCAGAUUCCAGGUGGGUCAAGUCUUCUUCUACUUUCAGUGGUGGACUGGGAAAACAAAAGCGUCUCCACCAAAACAGCUUUUACGUAUUUUGAGUUCAACGGCUUUCUGAAGACGGUCACAGUGCCCAGUUUCUGGAUUGGCGUGCUGUCUCUCACAUGGGAGAUCAUUUCCUCCAUGUUUAAGUGUGCGUGUGUGAGAGGAGUGUUGUGGUGUCUCUGGAGCACAGUCCAGUGGGCAGUUAUGGCUGCGGCGUCAGUCUCCAUGUUCGUCAUCAGUCUGGUUCCCUACACCUACUUUGAGUAUGAUGCACACAGUAACCUCUGGCCUGGCGUCCGGACAGCGUUUGAGCUGACUGACCGUUACCAGCUGAAUUGUUCAGAAUUGUUCUACAUGCACCAUCUUCAACAUGUUAUGGAGAUCGAGUUCAUGUAUAAGCCGGGGAACAUGAGCAGAGCGCCCCCUGUGGUGGCUCCGCACCAGCCCAGGCUGGACUGGCAGAUGUGGUUUGCUGCUCUUGGGCCGCACACACAGAGCCCCUGGUUCAGCAGCCUCCUACACAGACUUCUGCAGGGCAAGCGAGACGUGAUCAGACUCAUUCAGACAGAUGAGUCUCAGUAUCCGUUCAGCAAACAGCCCCCUGCGUACCUCCGAGCUCACCGCUACAAAUACUGGUUCAGCAAGCCCAAAGAGGACAGGUCAUAUCCCCAGAGAUGGUGGAGACGGGUGUAUGUGGAGGAGUUCUAUCCCAUGGUGCACCUUGGUGACUCUUACCUUGAACAGAUGCUGGUUCAACAUAGUUUGAAGGUAAGAAACAAGUCAAAGUGCUGUCAAAAGUGAAAGUGUAAUUAAAUUGGGACACAUGUUGAAUGUCGAUAACCUCUCAGGAGAACAAACAGACCUAAAGUUCACCGUCUGUUAUCUGCAGGAUAGUUUGAUUCAACAAAACAGGGUUUUUGAAUCAUCUUCAUUGACCUUGCAAAGCAUACUGUAGAUAUAGUGAAGACAAAUCAAAAUGAAAUGUCAUUAAAAUAUUUUUUUUGCACAAAAAUAAUUUUGUGUGUAUUUAUGUGUGUAUAUUUUUUAGUAAACAUGCACUGGUAUGAGUGUUGAUAUUUACCAAGAUUUAACUAUUUUACAAGCGUUAUGGUCUAGUACCUAAUAAUUUAAAGUAAAAUUUAAUUUAUCUUCAGUCUAUAUAUGAAAAUACAGCUACACAAUUUGGGGAAAAAACAACCCAAAAAAUUGUGAUUAAAAUAAAAUAUAUAUUUUAUUUGCAUACUUUUCCCAAAACAGUGUGCUUAUUUAACUGUGAAUACAAAUUAUUUUGAAUAAUAUUGUUAAUAAUAAUAAUAAUAAUUAAAACAUUACAAAAAAAUUAAUAUUACUAAUAUUUUAAAAACAUGUUUUAUUAAUAAAUGAAUUAAUUACAUUGUGAUUUUAGUUUUAAUACAUAAAUACACGGUAAAGUAUUGGAUAUUAAAAACAGUGUUUUUUGUUGUUGUUGAUGUGAAUUGCUAUGCAUUGGAUAUAUUUUCUAUCAUUAUUUAUAUGUAUUUAAUUAUUUGAAGAGCAUUUGAAACAGUUUUCCGCUUUAACUGUCAUGUUAUGUAACAUAAAACAGUAAAUUGAUCUUUAACUGGUUA